UUUCGAUUUCCCUCUCGUUGUGUUACAUGUAAUAUAUUCUUCCGAUUUUCCUUGAAGAUUCAGGGAAUGGAGUCUUUCCGGACAAGAACUUUAUCGUCGGGAGAGGAUGUCUCUGAAAUCAUAAGUAGAACGCCUGAACAUACAAAUCAUAAUUCUCACAGUAAUCACAAAGGAAUCAACAAUAUUUCUUCGUUAUGGAGUGGUUUCACUGUUCACACAAAAGCUGACGAUAGCGACGAACAUUCAGUGGAGAAAAAGACUCUAAGAGACCACAGCUAUAUUUACACGUUUUUGUCAACAGUUCUUUUUACUGUCGCCCUAAUCGUGGAGAAGAUCUUUCAUUUUAAGCUCUUUGAAAGUAGCCAUGCUUCAAUAUUCUUCUUCUGGCUUGAAAGUUGUGCGAUCGCUCUCUUCUUUAAAUUCUGGGGAAGAAAGCGAAUACGAGGUUUCAGGAGCCAAGCAAGACAUUUUUUCCCCAUGCUCUUUUUACAUGUAGUUUCCGUGACUGUCUUUUCUGUGGAUUUUAAUACAUCAAACUUCAGAGUAUCUGGAGGUUCUGCAGCAUAUAUGCUAUCACUUGCCCUAACACCAGCAAUGGUUCUACUAGCAUCAUGGUUGACCAGUCGUCAGUGUUAUAAUGACAGGAUUGUCAUAUUUGUGGUUAUUCUAUGUUCACUUCUCGUGGUUCUCUUCUGCUCACUUGAGGAUUCAACAGCAAAAUUCAAAGUGUCAUUUAGUGAUGGUGUCUUUGCCUUGAUAAUGAGUGCUUCUUUGGCUUUUUUUACUGUGCAUGCAAAACGCUUUCUGCAUAAGGCUUCACAUCCAGAGCUACUUUAUUUGUUAAAUUUCAGCUGUGUUGUAUGUCUACCAUUUAUUGCCUUGUUGUUUGGUGAGGUUCCUGCUCUGGAACUGGAGGUGUCACGGAGAGGAAUGGUGAAUGUCAUCUUCAGUGUGUUCUUUCUGGCUGUCCUUCGUUUAACCAGUCAAGCUGCUCUCCUUUAUCAGCUUAAGUUCUCCACUCCUCUUCUCAGCACCAACACUCAAGGUUUUGCGUGGAUUUGGAUCACAAUAGCAAUCACGUUUUUAACCAAGUCUGAAAAAGGCGAUCUCAUGAUGCCGGUGUUCGCGGCGUUUUGGUUGUAUGGACUAUUUAUAUUUCUACCUUCCUUGUUUUCUGACCUUCGGUGGAUAUAAACCAAGGGGUAGAAUGACGAUAGAACAGAAAAAAGACCUGAAAUCCUUGGGAACUAACGAAGGAGACGAGUUGUCGAUAAACAUAGAGCGAGCUUAUGAUGACAUUGCGAGGCCAAGUUAACCUGCUUGAGAUCUCCACCCUGUACUUUGGGCUUGGCGAAUCUUUGACCGCCUUGAACCUUUGUGAACUAAGGUCUUUUAAUGCACGGUCAAGCGAAUGAAGGUGAUCUUGGUACAUUCGGCUGACGAAUUGACACAAACCGACCAUUUUUUAUGAUACUGACGAUGCUAGCAGUUGUAGUUGUUGGAAAUAGUUAUGGACGGCUAAGAAUAUGUUAAGUCAUAUAUUUGAACUGUAGAUAAAGGCGUGAAUAUGAAAGUGAUCCUCGCAGUAAUAAACACUACUUGAACAGUAGUGAAAAUAAGGCCUGAAAAAAAUUUGGGUCUGUACGGGAUUUGAGCCCAUGACCUCUGCGAUGACCUCUGCACCGGUAUCGCGGAGGUCAUGGGUUUCAAAUCCCGUACAGGCCUGAAUUUUUCAGGCCUUAUUUUCACUUUCAUAUUCACGGAAAUAGUUAUGUCUACGACGUUUCUUCACAAUGGAUUUGGCAGUUCCUGAUCUGAGAGAGCAAACAACUUUUUCAGAAUUUUUAAUUCACACUCUGUUUAAAAAACGAAAGGACAAAGUGGCAUCUACCUUCGCAAGUUACAUGUAGAUAGUUCCUGAUUCGAAAUGUCCUCAUUCUGAAAAAUAAUUUUUUAUGUCCACGAAGCUUCGUUUUGGAACCAAUAUUUGUGUUAAGGCUUGGACGCUCAGACAAUAAGUCGUUUGACAUGUUUCUUCGACAACUAGCAAACUGCUUUCAAAGCAAUUUGUUGUUCCUUAUCAAUUCAUCCCUUCGGUGGUCAACCGCAUUCAAAAGCAUUUUGAACAGACGCUACUUGUUGUGGGACAACAUUCUUUUGGGGAUUAAGAUGUUCUCAAACAUUUCCCCUGUCACACGAGGUAAAUUAUGGCUAAGUGUAGCUGCCAUCACUUGUCGCCCAUUGCGUCCAGGCCUUUCAGAGCGUCUAAUUGUCCUCGGCUGCUCGAUCAGCCCUUAAUUCUGUAAUAAAUUUGGACUGUUUUUGAUACAAGUUUAACACAGAGCGGUCAAACGUCCACGCAUGUGCGAACGUUGUAAUGCUUUCAGGCUUUCAGAACCCAAUUUUGCCUUGUAAAUUGGCGCGCGGUGGGUCAGAAUUGAUCCCCUCGCGCAUGUCCGACGUUUUACCGCUGUGUCCAAGUUAAAUUACCUUUGAAGUUAGGGAAUCGCGAAAGAUUUGUUUGGUAAGACGCGAUUUUAAUUUUUUUACAAAAUGCUUUACUUUCUAAUUGCCGUGUUAUGGCAUCGAAAUUCUUCACUUUUUGUGAAUGUAGGUUUUUGAAAGAGCUAGUUCUAGCCUCUUUCAGUCUUUUGGUCAACGGAAACUCGCGAAAGAGCUGGUGAUUGAAAAACGGCGAGAGCCAAGAACUAGCAAAAGGAGUUAGAUUUGCUUUUAUUGAUUCUCUACCAGUUGUGUACCGAUUAUUUAACGAUGGUUUUGGCAACCACGUUGCA